AUGGAGGACGUCUUCACCAACUUCACCAACGGUACCAACCAGACUGUCUACGGCCUACGGGAGAACUCAGCUCCCCGUGCCCCAGAAGAGCGGAUUCCAAAUUUAACAUACUAUCUUGUAGACUCAUUUGAUAUCGUGCGUAAGGUGACAUUUGCUAUUGCUUCCAUUGGCAUUCCUCUGAUCCUCAUGGCCAUCUACUCUGUGUAUUUUAUGGUAAGUUCAUUAUCAUUGAAUAUAUUCAUGUGCUCUUCAUGUCAGUCUGUGUCUGUGGUAUCAUGUGUCUAAGCUGUACUGCCUUAUUUUCAGACUUAUAAUAAUAAUAGAAAAAAAAUAACAACAGUAACUGACCACAAUAACUGACCACAGUAAGUGUCCUCAAAAACUGACCACAAAAACUGACAACACUGAUUGACCCCAGUGAACGACGACAUUAACUGACCACAAUAACAGACCAUAGCAACUGUCCACAGUAUUAGACCACAGUAACUGACUACAAUAACUUUCCACAGGGACUGACCACAGUAAAUGACAGAAGUGACUGACCAGUGAAACAGCUCUGGUAUUGAGAUAAUUCCAGGUUAAAAGUUUUGGUCAUUUAAAAACUAAAAGAAAUUUUAAUAAAAUUGAAGCUGAAAGUUCGAGGUUUGAUCUUGAAAUUUGAAAAAUUAAAAACACUGUAUUCAGAUUAAAAAUUAGUCUUUGAAAGUUAAUUUCAAUCUUAAUAAAGUUGUGAGUCAGCUCUGGAAUUCUUUUGAUAAAAUCAUUUAUUUUUAUUUUUCUCUCUUAAAUACAUUUGUUAAAUUUAAAGGAGUUAAAUGAACAAACCCUUUGGUCUGGAUUCAGCUCCAUAUUCCGGUAUUUUCAGGUCCAAGUUAAAUGCAGAAGUUGGAUAAAUGAACGGCACAUGUCUGACUGACGGUGGAGAUCUGAACAUUUUUCUAAACUGGUCACCUUCCAAACUGUUUUCCUGCAGGUACAAAGUGAUCAUGUUGCUCCGAUCUACAUCAUCAACCUCCUCAUUGCUGACCUCAUUCAACUCUGCUGCAUGAUCUCAUGGGAGACACCUUCAGUGGGUCGGUAUGAUAAAGAGAUCUCCUCUGAGGUUCACCAAACUGCAGUGCUGGCCAGUGUUGGGUUCAUGGUGGCUAUCGCCAUGGAAAGGUAAGGACUGAUCAGCCCAUUUUGUGUGUAAUGAUGUAGGUCUGUGUGUUUUCAGACAGUAGGUGUACCUCUGAGAGUUACAGCUUCAGGUUCAUUAUUUACAGGUACUUGGUCAUCGUCCACCCCCUGUGGUACCGUGUCAGACGAUCCAUCAAGUCCACUGUGGUGGUCUGUGUCGUGGUCUGGGUCGUUUCUUUUGGUUUUCACCUGUCACGUCCUACCAUACUCGUCAGCUUCCUCCUGCCCUUCCCGCUGCUCAUAUUCUUCCUGGUCAGGACCCUCAGAGCCCUCUCUCUCUCCAUGUCAGUCCCUGUGGAGGAGAAACGAAGAAUUGCAGGAGUUUUAAUCUUGGUGCUGGUCAUUUAUACGCUGCUGUUCCUGCCUGCCAUCAUUGUUUUAGUAAAACCCUGGACUUUAACUCUGGACACAAUAUAUAACAUAUGUAUUAGGUUGAGUGUUAUCGCUGACUUGGUUCUGUAUGUUUUCAUUAGGAAAGGGACCAUAUCCAAGAUCUUAGACUUAGUGUGCUGUUGCAAAGUAAAAACCAACGAUCCACAAACAACAACCACUGAUGGUGGAAGUGGAGCUUAA